AGCUUAGGAGGCGGGCGCUUGUGGGGCGUGGGACUCCAGACAAAGAAGACAAACUCACUCACUCACUCACACACACAGAAACAACGCUCACGCGCACACGACUGGAGUCAGACAGCUGGAAACGAUCGUCAACUCCUGGGACUAUUUUUUUUUCUUGCCCCCCCCGACCCCCCUCAAAGGCUAACAAAGUUGUCAAAAAAGGGGGGGAGGUGUGUGCUUUCCAGCUGUGUUUAUCCAUAACUUGUGUUAGCAUAUGUUGUGCGUAAAAGUGCAUGCGUAUUAGUGUGCUCGGGAUGGAAAAUAGGGGCUGGCUCUGCUCUUAGCUCUCCGCCAUGGGGGGUUGCCAUAGUUACCCCACCGCCACCAAAGGGGACAGCAACGCACCUCCCGACGUCUGCGAUGGCAAACUGGGGAUCAACAACAACAUCCUGGAGACGCGUCCGUACCUCCAUCAGGAGUACGCGUGCCAGCACAUCAACCUUAUGGACAUGCGCGCACUCACGUUGCUCCCGCCUGGCGUGGACAAGGCCGAGUGGUUGGCCAGCAACACCGUGUCAUUUUUCAAGCACAUAAACCUGUUCUCCAGCGCACUGUCGGAGUUCUGCACUCCCAGCACCUGCCCGACCGCCUGUGGACCGGGCGACACAGUUUAUGUUUGGACUGAUGACCAUGGCAGGAAGCUGAAAUGCUCAGCUCCUUUGUACUUCGACUAUGCCAUGUCCUACAUUCAGGACCUACUUACGGAUGAAGAGGUGUUCCCCACAAAAGCAGGCUCGGUCUUUCCCACCGGCUUCAUCUUCCUGGUGCAGAAGGUGUUUUUGUUGCUGUUCAGGACUCUGGCCCACAUCUACUGGUCCCACUUCAGGCAGACGCACGCGCUGGGCCUGCACGCGCACCUCAAUACUCUCUUCACGCACCUCACGCUCUUCUGCCGGCAGCACGCGCUGCUGGAUGCCGAGGACAUUGAACCACUGCAGGACCUUAUCUUGGCGCUGGGAUUGCAGGGAGGAACCUAUGACAAGAAAUGAUAUCAAGGAUUACUUUGAAAGCCGUGCUUUGGUCAACGGUAUCUGGCUCCCGUCGUGUAGAGUUUGCCUUGUGAUCUGGUCAUGAAAAAGCCAAACCAUUAUUUAAUUGAAAGAAAAACCGCACAGGAUCGAAGGACUUAAGUGACAAUCGAGUUGAACCUGCAAUCAUGUUAAACAUGUACACCCUCCAUAAAGUAUGAUAUAACAUUUUCAAGACUGCAUGAUACACACACAGUAUAUCCUCCGCUGAAUGAUGUAUGGAAUGACUUAACUUGUGUUUUUAUGCAUUCUUGUGCCAGAAACAUUUGUGUUUGAAAAAUAAAUAAUACGUGUAUAA